CUCCAAAGUGAAAAGAAGACUAAUUCAAGAACAAUUAAUAAAUUAAAUUAUAAUUUUCGUAGUUAAAUUAAAAAAUUAAUAAUAAUAGUUUCUGAAAACGAAAUAAAUAAAAAGUAAUGAAAUUGUUACUGGGCCCCACCUAAACUUGGAUAUUAUCAUAUACGAAUAUAAUUUUAUUUUAUAACGAAAAGGGUUCCCCGCCAAGUUAAAUAGUAAAAAAUACAUAUUCCUAUAAAUAUAUAUUAUGUGAUCGGUCACAUAAUGUUAAAAAGGCCCUCACCAAGCAAGUCAUUAUUAUAUAUUUUUUUAUUGUCUCCUUUGCUCAGCUGAUGACUUGCUGAGAUUUUUUUUCCUUGUUUGCCUAAAAGUUGAGAUUUGAAGAAGUAGAAAAAAAAUAAGUAAAGAAUUUAAUAAGACCCCCGGUGUAGCUCAAAAACAACAAUAAUAAUAUCUUAAAAAUUCUUGAAUUCUUAUUUUGUUGCUGUUGGAUUUUUCCGGUUUUUUCUACAUACACAUAUGUAUAUAUAAUUUCUCCUAUUUUUUAAAGUUUCUCUGUUAUACACUUGUUCUUUACCAAAAGGAAUGAAAGGAAAAUUGAAAGGAUUCUUCUCUUAUUAUUUUAAUAUUUUUUGUUUUUUGUUUAUUAGGUAUUCAUGGACAUAACAAAAAGUAAAUCUCAUAACUUGUACAAUAACAAAAAUCAUAUGUUUUUGUUAUUGUUUUUAUUUUUUCUACACUUUUAAAGAUCUCUUUCAAUUCUUUUUUAGUUAAGUUUCUUAUUUUGCUGCAUACUUUAAAAUUUUAUAGUAUAUAGUUGUUUUUAUUGUACAUGUUGUUGUUUCUAUAAGAUUGUUUUACUUCAGUAUCUGCUCGAAAUUGUUGUUAUUGUUUUGUAUCUCAAGAUCCUUUGGCAGUAUUGCUUUCUCACUUUUCAGUCUUGUGAUCUCUUCUUUCAUUAACUACACAGCUGAUUUCGUUAAUGUCGUUGUUGUUGCUGGUAGCCAGACAUCUCUGCUUUCAGUUAGCAGAGAGUGAUUCUGUUGUUGUUAUUGUUGUUUGAAUUCUUCUUUUGGUGGUGGGUUUUGAGCAGGAAUAGAACGUUAGCGCUGCAGUUAUUUUCGACGUUGCCGUCGUGUAUAUAAACUCGGUGUUCUUCAAGAAAGUCAGUCAUUCGAGUUCUACUCUUCUCUUCGUCAUCGUGUAGUAGCAGCAGUAAAGCAGCGAUUGCUUUAAAUAACUACUGCUUACAAAUAAAUUUUUAAUAAAAAAUCAAAUAAUUGGAAUAUUUAAAAUUUUUAAAAAAUUAUAAUUUGUACUUAAUAAAACAAGAAAUAAUUGCAAUAUGAACAUUAAUUGAAAAAAGACAUUCAUUUUUACAACCAAAAACAAAAAACCAUUUUAAAAAUAUAUUCAAAAUUUGUGCAUUAACAAAAAACCAAGUGUAAAAAUUGUGUUUUAGCAAUUUUUUAAACAAUAUUAAUCUAAUAACACACACACACACAACAAAAUUCUUUCAAAAUGAUGUGGGAAUCAAUUAUUGAAGAAUCCGGAGAUAUUGCUAUGGAUUGCCAAAGCUUUCAAAUCCAACGUUCAGGACGUAAUCCAUCUUCACGUCGUUUGAACUUAGAUGCUUCCAUGUCCGACAUGGCAAUGGAAGAAUUAUCAUUCUACGAUGAUGAUCAUGUCAGUCAAAAUCGUCAUUUCACAGCCAGUCCCCAGUUUAUGGGUUUACUCUCACCUGAGGGAUCUCCUCAACGCUUCCAAGUUGUUGAGAAAUCAAAAUUCUUGCAGUCACGCAAAAACUUCCCUUUGACUGCCAAAAAUGUCAACCGCAGCACCACCCUUAGUACAAACACACCCUCUAAAGGAUUCCGUCUCUUGCACAGUAUGUCAUCUACAGGAUCCAUGGAAUCAUCUAUGGAUGAUGAAUAUAUGGAAUUCUUUGAUAUGGAAAAUUUGGAUCAACCCUCUCAAUCAAAUGGUCUUAAUUUCCCUAGUGAUUUGAGUUCUUUAAUUUCCGGCCAAAUCAUCAAAAACUCUCCCGUUAAAACACCAGAAAUGCGCAGACCUUCAGUAAGACGUUGCCUGAGCAUGACCGAAAACACCCAAUUCCAGCCAAAGACUCCCGAAACUGUUAAUGCCUCAAAUGCCAAUACCGCCACCACACCCUUUAGUGCUCGCCUCAAUGGCAAUUGCUGCUUCAAGCGUCCAGAGCCACCAUCCACCACCUGCUCGCCAAUACAAUCAAAACGCUACCGCGGUGCCGAAAAGGAGAAUCUCGAUGGCUCGUUUACUGGCAACAGCAAAACCUCACCCGCCACUUCAUCAUCUUGCUCCUCUUUGGCCAGCACCAGUACAAGUACCCGCCCCACUUUACGCAAAUGCAUGUCGAUGAAUGAUGCCGAAAUUAUGUCCGCCCUAAAUCGUUCCGAAAACAAAGACGAACCCGAUCUAAUCGGUGAUUUUAGCAGACCAUACGCUUUACCUCUCAUCGAGGGACGCCAUCGUGAUCUCAAAUCCAUUACCAGCCAUACCGUAGCUCGCCUUCUGAACGGUGACUUCAAUGACAAAGUAGCCAGCUAUAAAAUCAUUGACUGUCGCUAUCCCUACGAAUACGAAGGUGGUCAUAUCGAAGGUGCCAAGAAUUUAUACACACAAGAGCAAAUCAUCGAAGAAUUUAUGACCAAACAAAAGACUGAGCAACAACAACGCAACAAUGAGGCAUCGGGUAACAAACGCAAUAUCAUCAUUUUCCAUUGUGAAUUCUCAUCGGAACGCGGUCCCAAAUUGUCGCGUUUCUUACGCAACUUGGACCGUGAGCGCAAUACCAACGUCUAUCCUGCUUUGGAUUACCCCGAAAUCUAUCUGUUGCACAAUGGUUACAAAGAAUUCUUCGAAACUCACGUUGAACACUGCACACCUCACUCAUACCGUCCUAUGUUAGAACCAUCGUACAAUGAGGAAUACCGUCAUUUCCGUGCCAAGUCAAAGUCAUGGAAUGGCGAUGGUUUGGGUGGUGCCACACAACGUAUCAAGAAAUCUCGCUCAAGACUUAUGGUUUAAAAAGUCAAACAGAAUCGUAUCUAAUCAACUGCCUGCCCUUCAAAAAAAAAAACAAAAAAACAAAUUUAUGUAAAAAGUAUCGUCAUUGUUAUUGUCAUUUUUAGUUAUUAUUUAAUUAUUAUUAGUUCUUUUUGUUGAUUUUUAUGUUUUGACCCCUCGCCCCUCCCACGCUCAGACCACAUUUGUAUUUUUAUUUUAUAACAAUUAUUUUUUGAAUUUUUUUAAUUUAUUGAAUGUUAAUGUUAUCAAUUCCAUAAUAUAUUCAAUCAAUUAAAUUUAUCCAGACAUUUGUAAAAAUCUUAAAACACACACACACAAAUAUUAACAAAAGCAACAAAGGAAGCUUAUUUAAACAAAUUGUCAAAUUGAAUAUCCUUUUCUAGAUUCUAAGAAUUAUUACUUAUUAUUUAUUUUUAUAAUUUAAUUUAGUUAAUUUAUACAUCCGUAGAACCAACCAACUCUUCACUUAUAUUUUAGAAUCCUUUUUUUAUUUUUAUAUAUUAUUUUUUUAGUUGAAUUUGUGUAUAGUUUAAAAUUUUUAAAUUGUAAUUUCUAAAAACAAUCAUUUUUAAAUUGUGUGCAUUAUACUAUAAAUACGUAUGUAUAACUGUCCGUCCGCUUUCAUCCGACUUCUAAGUCUCUUCUCCUUAACUGUUUCUAAUUAUAAAA